CGCCUCUCGUUUUACCUCUCAAAAUCCUCACCGUUCUCUCUCUUGGUUGCCUUGCUUUGCUCUGCUCUGCCUGCAAGUCCAAGCUUUCUCCAAUGGCCCAGCCAGCGACUAUCUCACCAACCCCGCUGUUGAAGGAUGAGCUUGACAUCGUGAUUCCAACCAUUCGGAACUUGGACUUUUUGGAGAUGUGGAGACCCUUUUUCCUGCCUUACCAUCUCAUCAUAGUUCAAGAUGGUGAUCCUUCAAAGACCAUCAAGGUUCCUGCAGGCUUUGACUAUGAGCUUUACAACAGGAACGAUAUCAACAAGAUUUUGGGUCCUAAGGCUUCUUGUAUCUCUUUCAAGGACUCUGCUUGUAGGUGCUUUGGUUACAUGGUUUCGAAGAAGAAGUACAUCUAUACCAUUGAUGAUGACUGCUUUGUUGCUAAAGAUCCAUCUGGAAAGGACAUCAAUGCAUUGGAGCAGCACAUAAAGAACCUUCUGAGUCCUUCAACUCCAUUUUUCUUUAACACUCUCUAUGACCCAUACCGAGCUGGUGCAGAUUUUGUUCGUGGGUACCCAUUCAGUCUCCGUGAGGGUGUACCCACUGCUGUGUCUCAUGGCCUCUGGCUCAACAUCCCAGAUUAUGAUGCACCAACUCAGCUUGUCAAGCCUCUUGAGAGGAACACCAGGUACGUUGAUGCUAUUAUGACAAUAACAAAGGGAACCCUCUUUCCCAUGUGUGGUAUGAAUCUGGCAUUCAACCGUGAAUUAAUUGGCCCUGCAAUGUACUUUGGGCUCAUGGGUGAUGGUCAACCAAUUGGACGAUACGAUGAUAUGUGGGCAGGCUGGUGUACCAAGGUUAUAUGUGAUCACCUAGGGUUGGGAGUGAAGUCUGGAUUGCCUUACAUUUGGCACAGCAAAGCCAGCAACCCUUUUGUGAAUCUUAAGAAGGAAUACAAAGGAAUUUACUGGCAAGAAGAAUUGAUUCCAUUCUUCCAGUCUGUUACCCUUCCUAAGGAUUGCUCCACCGUUCAGAAAUGCUACAUUGAACUCUCCAAGCAGGUCAAGGAAAAACUUGGCAAGGUUGAUGAGUACUUCAACAAGCUCGCUGAUGCUAUGGUGACAUGGAUUGAAGCAUGGGAUGAGCUGAAUCCAACAGGUGCUAAAUCUGCCGAGUUGUUCAAUGCUGGGAAGUAAACUUCUUCAGUAAACAGCCAGCAUUUUCGUUUAGCAGCCCUAGGCUUGUACCGUGAUCAUCGAUUUUGUCCGAGCUCUUGCAUUAAAGCUUGGAAUAUUUAUUUUGCAGGUUGGGGGAUAUAAUUUUAUUUAUAAUACCACUGAGUUUAGAAUAAUAAGAAAUUAGUGGCUUAUGUAUUGUAUUAGAUUUGUGAUUGAGAUUGUUGCCUUUCGAAAAGUUUUAGUUACAGAUUUAUUUGAUAAAGUGUUUUUCCUUUCUUGUUUUCUGUUGGUUUCUGUUGAAGUUUUCUUUCUUCUGAAUGAUAAGUUGAAAGGGUAAAGGCGUUGUUAUCCUUUUUAGGCUUCUUCAACGAGUCAAUGUAAGGUGAGAGUCAUUGUUGAAUGAUGAAAUCAUGGUAGAUGGGCAUUUGAUAGCCGAAAGGAUCAAGUUAAUUUUGUUCAAUUACGGGGGAAAUUGUGGUUGGAACUUGACACCAGAAACCGAUUUGUCUAACAAGUUUCUGACUGAUUGUUCCUGAUCGGUUCAUCUAACUUGGACCGCAGGUUGUACUUGUCAGCAAGACAAAUGAUGAUUCCACCCAUACCUAAUUAUAGUGCAGCAAUCCUGAAGUAUUUAUUUGUCUUCACUUCCUGCCAAAGCAAAUGAAGGAAACAAUUAAGAGUCCAUCGCACUGCAACUUCUUUUUGAGGCUAACUCCAUCAUUAGGUACAUUUGUACAGCAUUGCAUGGUGAGAUAUAAUUGGGAAUCUCACAUAUUGGUGUAACAUCUCGCGAUGGAGUUGGCUUGACUUCCUCUCUAGUUACAGGUACGAGGAGAAGGGUUCAGUAAACAACUGGAUCUUAGGACAAUUGGUUUACCGGAUGUUAGAGCAGUCGACUGUUUUAGAGUACGUUUUUUAAUUAUGACAGUUGAUUGUCUUCGAUGAAACAAUCAACUGCCAUAAUUUCACCAUUACUGGUAUAUUUGUAUUCAAGCACAUUUUAAUUAUUUAUUUAAAUAUCAACAUUAUAAUAUUCAA